CAUAUAUAUAUAGGACAGGACAAUAAUUUUUAUUGAUAAAUAUAAUGUAAAUAUUGACAUAAUGUAAAAAAGUGACAUGACGACGCUGAAAGUAAUAAAGAAUCGUAUAAGAUCCGUGGGUAAUACAAAAAAAAUAUCGCAGACAAUGCGAAUGGUUUCGGCGGCAAAAUAUGCAAAAACAGAAAGGGAAUUGAAAAGUGUGCGUUCAUUUGGCAAAGCAGCAGUACAAUUUUACGACUUAAUUGAAUUAAAUCCACCGAUUGACCCUGAAUCACAAUUGGUGAUUACACUCACCGGUGAUCGUGGACUUUGCGGUUCAAUUCAUUCAGGAAUUGCUAAAGCAGUUAUCACAGAUUUCCAACGUUUAUCGAAACUUUCAAUGAAAACAAAACUAAUUUGCAUAGGCGAUAAAACUCGUGUGAUUUUAUCGCGUGAUCAUUCGGACAAGAUUUUAUGGGUUGCCACUGAAAUUGGAAAGAAGCCAAUGACAUUUAUUGAUGCCGCUUCCAUUUCGCAGAAAAUUUUAAAAACUCAAGCUGAUAAUAAGUUCCAUCAAACUCUCAUCUAUUACAACAAGUUUAUCAAUGCAAGUUCCUAUAGUGUUUCGGCUAUUAAUCUUUACGAGUCAGGGGCUCUUUAUGAAUCGAGUAGAUUUCUUUUUUACGACGACAUUACUGCAGAGACUAUUAGAUGUUGGCUGGAAUUCACAACAGUCGCGAUAAUUUAUUGGCUUCUAAAGGAAGGAAUCACAAGCGAAUACGCGGCAAGAAUGAAUGCAAUGGAGAGCGCAACAAGAAAUGCUUCCGAAAUGAUCAAAGGAUUAAUUUUGUCCUACAAUCGAACUAGACAAGCAACAAUAACAAGAGAAUUGAUCGAAAUUAUCUCCGGUGCGAGUGCUGUGGAAAGAAAGGAUUAAUCAAUUUUUCUUAUAAUUUUAAAUCUGAUUCUCUAAAGCUAUAUUUGUCAUAUAAAAUCUAUAACUUGAAGGAAAUUUGCAAUAUUUAUUCAAGUGAAAAUUAUAUACUAUAUAUAUUUAUAUAUACUUCAAAAUUUCCUUUUGGUUCCGAUUUCUUUGUUUUACAGUUUUUUGCAAUGUCUCCAUAUUUUUAAGUACCAAUAAUAAUAGUAAUAAAUUAAACUAAGGAGCAUUAUUAUCUCAAAUUUUUCAUCAACAAUUUAAGACACAUUUAUUUUAAUCGCAUUUGCACAAAAUCGCUUUUUCCAGUUGCCUCAUAUCUUAAUCUAUGUACAACACCCUUAAUGAAAUUAAUUACCACAAUAUAUUAAAAACAAACAAAAAGAAAAAUGACUUGAGGUUUACAAAUGCAUUUUGACUGACUAUAAUGUGUUGCAAAUACGAGCACUUUGAAAUAAUAAUAAUAAUAAUAAUAAUAAUAAUAUGUAAUAAUAAUUGAAUUGUAAGGAAAAAAAACCCUAAGUAAUUACAUACAUGGAAAAUACUUACAAUACAGAUUUUUUAACGCUUCGUAACUGAUAUUGAAGGCGGAAAUUGGAGAUUUAAAAAGAUUAUAGCUUAUCGAACAUUUACCAAAAGAAUCGCAGUCAUACAGACAAUUAUCUCUUUAAAAGAGUUAAAAUAAUAGAAAUUAUGCACAAAUAUAGAAAAAAAUAGCUGAAUAUACAGUUAAUUGGCAAUUAAUUUUGCACAAAAAUCCAUAUAUUGACCAGACUUUGCAUUUUGCUACUUAAUUCACAUCGCUCAAGGUGAACUUCAACUGGACAAAAAAUUAAAUUUUCCUUUUGUUUUAAAUUUUCCGCGACUUAUUUCACUAAAAUAUUGUUAAUGAAAAAUAAAUAUAAAAAACAAAU